AUGUCUGUCUUCUUUAAGGAUGUUUCGCCGGAUAAUCCGGUCAAGAAGGGCGAUGCCGAAAAGCUUCUUCAGAAGCGUCUUGGAGUGGGCAUAGACGCCAAAGACUCAGCCGACUUUGACCUGCUCCUUGCCGCAGUUCAUGACUGUGCUGAGCAUAUCUCUGCUCUUCCUGACUAUCAGCCUGUUCCAGAUGAGAAACUAUACCCUCGUCUGAACCUUCACCGAGCAACUCCUGAGGAGCAAGAGUUUGGUAGCGAAUGGGCGCACAAGUUUCUCAUCCAAGGCAAACCUGAUGGCGCCGGCACCCUCAAAGGCAAGACAGUCUGUCUUAAAGACUGCAUCGCUGUAGCGGGUGUACCGCAAUUCUUUGGAAGCGAUGCUUUCCCUGCAUGGACGCCCAAAACAGAUGCCACUGUUGUCACAAGGGUGUUGGACCAGGGAGCGGAUAUUGUCGGCACCAGCGUGUGCGAAAAUUUCUGUAACUCGACAUCCUCCUUCACAAGUGCUCAAGGAAUUGUCGAGAAUCCGCAUAGUCGAGGUUAUUCGGCUGGCGGAAGCACAUCAGGAGGUGCAGCGCUGGUAUCGUCAGGUCGCGUUGACUGCGCGAUUGGGUCUGACCAGGGUGGAAGCAUUCGUGUUCCCUCAGCACUUUGUGGAUGCGUCGGACUAAAGCCUACACAUGGCCUCGUCCCGUGGACAGGAAUUACCAGUGGUGAUGCAAUCGACGACCACGCGGGUCCCUUGACACGAUCUGUUCUUGAUGCUGCCAUCUUCCUCGAUGCCAUGGCCGGUUAUGAUGGAAUCGAUGAUCGAGCCCUGGGCGCUGGCGCACACGGCUCCCAUGGUUAUGCCAAUUCGUUGAGCCCAGAACCAAGUCUUUCCGGUGUCAAGAUUGGCAUCCUUCGAGAGGGCUUCGACCAGCCCAUCGUACAGUCAAGUGUACGAGAUGUCGUCAUGUCGGCGGUGAAAAAGUUCGAAAAACUCGGCGCUACUGUUCAAGAAGUGUCGAUCCCCUCACAUCUCGAAGGCCCUUCGAUAUGGACUAUCCAACAACGCAUCGCCGGCGCUAUGAACAUUAUCGGCCAGGCACAUGGACGAAGGGGACUUUACCUCACCGAGUUUGAACAUGCUCGUCUUCCUUGGACCUCCGAGAACUUUGCCAAGCUAUUUCCCUCAACAAAGAAUACCGUCAUCAAUGGUCUUUACCUCGCGGACCGCUUUCCAGGCUUGUAUGGCAAGACUAUGAACUUGAGCCGCAAAAUAAGCGACGACUACGAGAAAAUCUUUCGAGACUUUGACGUGGUGGUUAUGCCUACUACCCCAUAUGUGGCUCCCAAGCACGGGGAUCCAAAGGGAACACCCCGAGAGUGCUUUGAGCCGAGUAUAGGACUUACAUCCAAUACGGCUGUUUUCAACGUCACAGGCCAUCCGGCCAUGUCGAUUCCUGUUGGAUUCGCCCCGGCUACCGAAGACCCCACAGUACAGCUUCCUGUUGGAUUGCAGAUCGUUGGUGGCCUGUGGGAGGAGAAGAAGAUUCUAAAGGUGGGAAAUGCAUGGGAGAGAGCAUAUAACUGGAGGGUACCGGCCUUCGUAGCUGAAAAGGCGAACGUAGGUGAGACUUUGAAGAUGGACGCUUGGGUAAAGGUGAAUGGAGCGAGUGUGACGAGUAAGAAUGCUCUUGCAGUCGAAUCAUGA